AUGACAACAAAAAAAAGAAAAAUAUGUUCGGUAGGAACAUGUGGAAAUAUUGUUGAUUACAAUGUCUGUGGAAUAUCUAGACCAUCCAGUUCUUUAAUUGAUAAAGUCAAUUUUGAUGAUGGAUUUAUUGCUCUUGAUAAAAGAUUCUAUGUAUAUCAUUUAUUACAACAAGAGAAAAUAUUUAAAUCUUUAAAUCUAUUAAAUUUUUCUUUAUAUUUGAAACUUGUUUCUUAUCAUCUAUUUACUUUAGAAUCAACUUAUCGACUUUCAAAUGAAACAAAUCUAACAAAAUUAAUAUCACCCUUUAAGAUUGAUCUUUAUCUUGUUAGAGUAUGUGAUCUUGAAACAGCAAAAAAAAAUGAUUUAACAAUAGAAGAUAUUUUGAAACAACCUAGAGAUAUAAAAAAUCAUCAGUUGAAAGAUAAUUAUGAUAUAUUAUUACAAUAUAGUGUACAAAUUAAUUGUUCAACAGAAUGCGUUUUUAACGAACAUGAAAUAGUAAUAUGUAGAAAAUUUUUAAAAGAAGAACAGAAAACAUGUAAAAUAUCUAAUAAUACAGAUGAAAAUAUAGUUUAUGAUACUGCUAAUUAUAGAUUAAUAAUUUUAGAAGAUACAUUUGGUGAAUAUGAUUCUGAUUAUCCAGUUUUUAUUUUAGGUGGAAGUAUUGAUAUAGCAUAUCAUCCAGAUUUGACACAAGUUAAUAAAGAAUCUAAUGAUAUAAAUGAUAAAAAUAUAUUUAAUAGUAUAAAAGAAGAAAUAACAGAUUCAAUUAAAACAAAUGAUGAUAUAAAAGAUCUUAUAGAUAAUUCAAUUUUAAAACAAGAUGAUAAAAAUAAAUUACAUAAUCUUAGAAAACAGAAGUUAUAUGAAAAAAUAUUUAAUGAAAUUGAAAAAGAAGAAAAAAUUUUUGAUUUAAUUGAAAAUAAUAAAUUUGAUAAGUUGAUACAAGAUUCAGAUUUAAUAAACCAACAAAAAAAAUUUUACAGAACAAUCGAAAUAAAUGAUUAA